GUUACCAAAAAUCUAAACACCUUUUUUCUUAUUCUUUCUUUUUGGUUUCGGUCUUUAUUUUUGAUAUCAAACAUUGACUUCCAUUCACUUGCACUUUCUCUGAAAUUUCCUUUCUUGAUUGAAAAGUCGUGCUUUUCUGCUCAUCUUCUUAAUUGGCUUGCGUUUAGCAGAUUCAGAGACUUUUAUAGGAUUUAUUUAUUGUUUAGGCAUUUGUGGUUUUGGCUAUUGAGAAUAUGAAUUGUGCCUGGUGAUGGAAUUGUUGUUGCUUUUCAUGCUUAGAAUCACUCCAUGGCUAGCCGCACCUCAGAAAACGAUACACCCAUCAUUCGAUUCCAUUCCAAUCUUGAGAUGGCAUCAUUAGUAGAUAAAGCUGAAGGAGAGUAUGAAAAUGAGAACCAAGAGAGUAAAGACUCAAUCGGAAUUAAGAAACAAUUAUCUAAUAGUGAGUUAGACAGUAAUUUUGGUGGGCCAAGGAACAGUGUGCUUGAUAGCAUAAAGAUCGUGAUAUUCUCUGCCAAAAUCAAUUUGCUUAUGCCUUCGGGCCCUUUAGCAAUUCUUGUGCAUCACUUUUAUGGCACUCAUGGUUGGGUCUUUCUUUUCAGUUUGUUGGGCAUUAUUCCUAUGGCUGAGCGUCUGGGCUUUGCCACAGAGCAGCUGACUUACUAUAGUGGACCUACAGUUGGAGGACUCUUAAAUGCUACUUUUGGAAAUGCAACUGAACUGAUAAUAUCAAUUUAUGCAUUGAGAAAUGGGAUGAUACGUGUUGUUCAGCAGUCAUUACUUGGAUCAAUCAUGUCAAAUAUGUUGCUAGUGCUUGGAUGUGCAUUCUUCAGUGGUGGACUUGUGGUUGUUGAGAGGGAACAAGUGUUUAAUAAGGGAACUGCCAGUGUGAAUUCUGGUUUGCUUUUGAUGGCAGUCAUGGGCCUGCUAUUCCCUGCUGUCCUUCACUCUACACAUACAGAAUUGCACUUUGGAAGGUCUGAGUUGGCUCUUUCAAGGUUUACUAGUUGUGUCAUGCUCUUCGCAUAUGCUGCAUAUCUCUAUUUUCAACUGAAGAGCCAGAAAAAUCUUUAUGUUCCUGUAAAUGAGGGAGAAGAUCAGCCCUGGGACACAGAUGGGGAAGACGCUCCUGAGAUCUCAAAAUGGGAAGCAAUCACAUGGCUAUUUCUUUUAACCUUGUGGAUUUCAGUCGUCUCGGAAUAUUUAGUUGAUGCCAUAGAGGGAGCAUCUAAGGAAUGGAAAAUACCAGUAGCAUUUAUAAGUGUUAUCCUUCUACCUAUUGUUGGCAAUGCAGCAGAGCAUGCGGGUGCUAUUAUGUUUGCCAUGAAAGACAAGCUUGAUCUCUCUUUGGGAGUAGCUCUAGGCUCAUCAACACAGAUAUCUAUGUUUGGGAUACCCUUCCUUGUGGUCGUCGGUUGGAUCAUGGGGCGUCCCAUGGACUUAAAUUUUCAACUUUUUGAGACAGCAACACUUUUUAUAACUGUCCUGGUGGUAGCUUUAAUGUUGCAGGAGGGAACUUCUAAUUACUUUAAAGGACUAAUGCUCAUCCUCUGCUACCUAAUAGUUGCUGCAAGUUUCUUUGUACAUAAAGACCCUACGUCUUCAGAUUCUGCAGCUGAUCCGCCAAAACCUGCUGAAUGAUGAACUCAUCAGGGGAAUACGCUUGAGCUUCAGACAUUGACAUAUCAAAUGUGUGGUUUUGCAGAAAAAUUUUUUUUGCGGAGCUGAAAUUAAUAUUUUGCGAAAUAUUGUUUAAGUUGAAAUACUACACAUUUGCAAUGUCAACUUCACACCAUACUUGAAUUGGCAGCUCCAGCUACCAGUGGAUUUCAUGUUGGUGUGAGGAAGAUGACGACAUAUAGGCUUUAGCUUUGCUUCUUGAAUUUUAGUGUAGGAUUAGUAGUGAAAACGAAUAUGUAAGAAAUCUAAAUGAUGUAAACCCAAAAAAAAAAAAAAAAAAAAAAAAAAAAAA